AUGAAUACGCGAAUGUCACCCAACAGUGUGUUUCAUGUUUAAAGACCUUUAAAAAGAGUUACUAAUCCAAACCAAUAAGAUGUAAGAGACUAUUUUAAUCAAUUAUCUGGUGAAAAUGAUGUUCAUAAAGAGUGGAAAAAAGUUGAAUGUAUGAUUAAAUCUUCACAUUUAUAUAGACCACAACCCAAAAGAUCUAAGUUGGACUUAAUUUUGA